CAAGGUGUUCCUCUCACCACCACCCACCACUACCCAGAACACAAAAUACAGAAAUACGAAUUAUCACCGCCCUCGAGUAAUUUUCUUCAGUUGUCACAAUGACUCCACAUUCUACCCUUUUAGACACCACAUCAGACCUUGAACUCGCCACAACAAUAAAUACCAAUUCUAAAACUCUCAUUCUCUGUCCACCUGCCGUCUCUUCUCGCCCCGACUUGCUCGAGAAAUCUCUCUCUACGUUCGACAAAAGCUCGACGGAUGUCCAAAUGCUGGACAGACUUUCGCUGAAGGUCGUCAACCUUCCAAUCAGCGCUUACUCAUCCGUUCUUAUACUCACCGACCCGUCCUCUACUGCCGUAUCUCAAGAGCUCGAGCCUUAUGUCCUUCAAAUUAUUUUCAACUCAAUGCUUCCGAAAGCUACACUUAGGAGCCAAGAAGAAGCUUUCGCAAGAGGGAAUUCCCUUCAGUUUCUUGUCGCGGGGUUCAUGGUUGAGAAAGAUGUCGACGGAAGCAUCAUAUUGAUCAGGCCAGAGUUUACCGGGAAUGCCUCGGUUCCAUUGAAGGUGAGAAGGAAACAAAGAACCGAUGAUUUGAACGAGUUCAACACUACCAAGACUGAGCCUGUUGCCGCCACCACCGAAGCACCCGUCAUCAAAGGUGUUGGUUUUGUCCUCAACGAUGAUGACUUGGAGGACGAUGACGAUCUAAUCGAUGAAGAUACCCUUUUGGAGACAGGUGAUCUUGGCACACUCAUCCAACCUGCCGAGUGUAAGCCUAGCGCAGGAAAGCGUAGACGUGCUUGUAAGGACUGCACCUGUGGGUUGCGUGAGGAGCUAGAAGGUGAAGAUAAGGCGAAGCGUGAAGCUGCAGACAAGGCGUUGGCAGCUGCAAAAGAGAAGGUUGCUGCUGGGGUUAAGCUCACUGUCAACGACCUUGCAGAGGUUGACUUCACUGUGGCUGGAAAGGUCUCUUCCUGUGGAAGCUGCUAUCUUGGUGAUGCAUUUAGAUGUGCGGGGUGUCCAUAUAUUGGUCUUCCAGCCUUUAAACCUGGGGAACAAGUUACUGUUGAUUUAGACGAUGACCAAUUGUAAACUUGUAUCUUGUUUAACUCAUCCUUUUUCUCUCUUUGCUUUCCGAAUUUACUUGGCUCACGGGUCUGCGCUCAAGCAAAAA